UAGUCUUAGUCCGUAUUGUGAAACUGGAUAUAAAUGAAAGGGCAAGGUCGUUUAAAAGGGAUUUUCCCAGAAUUAUAGUCCUUGUUGAGAAGAAAAGUGACAAUAUUGUGUCUUUGGUGUUAAUCAGCUUAAAAGUUUAACAUUUGCAGGAACAGUAAUUUAAAAACGAGAGGAUGUCAAUACUUGGACAGCGUGUUAUCAGAGGACCUGAUUGGUCUGCAGGUGAUGUAGAUGGCGGUGAAGGACAUGUUGGUACUGUUGUAGGCGUGGGUGGUUUAGAAACAGUCGAAGUUCUUUGGGAUAAUGGUAAACGCAACAACUGUAGAAUUGGACAGAAUGGUAAACAUGACCUCCUGAUCCUAGACAACGCUACAACAGGUGUUCGGCAUACGCAGUAUAAUUGUACUGUAUGUUCUGAAAGAGGAAUAUUUGGGAUGAGAUGGACCUGUAACGUCUGCAAAGAGUGUCAUCUUUGUCAUACGUGUUACGUUACUGACAAACAUACUAUACAGCAUGAAUUUAAAAGAUAUACCACAUCUAAUGAUCCAGGGACACUGGUGCGCAAACGAGCAACAAGUGUUAAACUUCAAGCCAUGGGUAUUUUUGCCGGAGCCAUUGUUAAGAGAGGAAAUGAUUGGAAAUGGGGUGAUCAAGACGGAGGCGAUGGUAGUACAGGUGAAGUGAUAGCCACUGAACACGACACUUCCUCAAAUUCCACUAGAAAUACAAUAAGCGUCAAGUGGUCGUCUGGUAUUAGUAGCGUCUACCGACUUGGAGCUGAAGGUGGUAAAAUAGAUUUACAGUUUGUUCAAGAAUCACGUGGUACAUAUUACUAUCGAGAUCACCUCCCUGUUUGUGAAAAACAGAAAGAGGUCACUACUCCAAAAGCGAGUUCUGAAAAAGGCGGGUUAGUUACCAAUGAAGAGGUUUUAAAAGAAGGCGAUUCUGUGUGUAUAAUGGUGUCAACUGAAAAAAUAGAAGAACUACAGAAACGGCAUGGGGGUUUUACUAAAAGCAUGUUAGACUGUGCUGGAAAAACUGGUGAAAUUAAAGGAUUUGCACCAAAUGGCCAUGCUCUAGUUGAAUUUGGGGAUUGUAAAUUUCGAUUUUAUCCGGGGGUACUGAAAAAGGUUUAUGACGUUAAUGCUGGGGAUGUUGUUCGCAUUCUCUCGGACGAGGAAAAGGUGAAGAUUUUAUUGGAAAAUCAUGGCGGAUACCAACCUCAAAUGAAAUCGUAUCUAGGUAAGGUUGGACGAGUCAGUAAGAUAGAUUCAGAUGGUGACGUAGUAGUAAAAUUUGGUAGAAGAGUUUGGGUGUAUAACCCUGCUUGUUGUACACCUGCGCCAGGAGAAUUGAUUGAUGAAGUUGACGAAGAUGACGAUGAUGACGAAGAUGACGAUGAUGACGAAGAUGACGAUGAUGAUACUGUUGACAUGUCAGAUUUAAACAAUGCCUUAUUGAGAUUAAUGGGAGGUCUAUUUGGUCAACAACAGACAGGUGGUUCUGGUUCCACCUUAAUGAGCAAUGCACUAUACAGAGCCAUAUCAGAAAAUAAGUCAUCCGAAGCUAUAAGUUUGAUACGGAAGCAUCCCGAAGUGGUAAAUGUUGAAUUUAAAGGCGUGACACCAUUAGUUUUAGCCUGCCACCAAGGAGUUACAAGUGUUGUUGACGAAUUAUUAAACAAAGGUGCUGAUAUUAAUAAAUUAGAUCACAAAGGCAACACGGCCCUGAUAGCAGCAUUAGUUGGAAAAGAGAGGGGCAUUGCUAAAUUAUUGAUUUCUCGAGGAAUUAAUGUAAAAACUGUUCCAGAGGAUAAGAAAACAGCCCUGUAUUGUGCAUCUGCACAUGAUUAUGGAGACGUAGUUAGACUUAUAUUACAGAAAGGAUCCGAUAUGAACAUCCAGGACAGCGAUGGCGAUACGGCCCUGCACCUUGCAAUAUAUAAAGGAUGUGAUGAUGCGGUUAGAUCCCUGUGUGAAUCAGAGAAUUAUGAUGCUACUCUCCACAACAAGAAGGGUUUCAACGUUCUCCAUCUUGCUGCGCUAAAAGACCGCCCCGUAGCUGUUGAAAGAAUCCUUGAAAAGAAACCGGGAGUGGUAAAUUCUAAAGCAGUAGAUGGUUUUACGGCUUUACAUAUCACAGCCGCCAAUAAUCAUACGGAUUGUGCUCGUAUAUUGGUAAGAAAGGGAGGUGCUGUGAAUAGCCAAAAUAAUGCGAGCUCAACUCCAUUACAUGUAGCGUGUGUUGAAGCCCGGUUAGAUAUAGUUCAGUUUUUCUUGGAGAAAGGCGCAAGAGUUGAUGCAACGAACAUGAAUGGUAGCACUCCUCUUCACAUGGCAUUGCAUGAAAAUAGAAGUUCCAGAGACAGUGGAGAAGACCUGCUUGAGAGAUUAUUGGGUCUUGGUUCACCUAAGCGAGAGAAUCGUAUUAAGAUUGCUGGUUUGUUAAUACAGAAAGGUGCAUCUUUGGAAAAACGGAAUAUAUUUGGCAGAACGCCGUUAGAUUUGUGCAAUGAUGAGGUGGUUAAAGCCAGAGUUAGAAAUUUUGUACGACAAAGGUCCACUACUCAAGUUUCACGCAGUUUAUUUUUAAACCAGACACUAAUGCCAUGUGCCAGUUGUUUUUCCAAAGUAGCAGAUAUCACAUUAUCGCCAUGUGACCAUACGUGUGUCUGUGAUAGAUGUGCUUUAAAGAUAUCGAAGUGUCCCAUGUGUGAACAGCGUAUCGAGCGUAGAUUACGGUCUAGAAGUGGACGGGGCCAGAGGACGGUAAACGAGGACUGCAAAGUUCAGUAAUCCAGUAAAACAGGCUUUGUUUAGUGCUCUCAAAUUUUAUAUCAGUAAGAAGUAGAAAUUCAUAGUACUAAACAAACAUGUGCGACAAAAUUGGAUUUUCUGCUCUGUUUGGAUAAAUCGACGGACUUAUUUAACCCACAUAAAGAAAAACACAUUUUACAGUACUUUAAAUAUAUUUUUAUGAAAAUAUAAUACAAUAAAUAAUACUUAGGAAAACAUGACAUAUAUAUAUUGUUUAAUUGCAAUGUAGUUUACGCCAAAAUACACGAAACCAUACGCAAUCCAUUUUUAUGUCUGAGAUAACGAUGAAACGAAUCCCCGUUGCACAUUUUUACAAGAUGAAUUAAACAUGGUCAUAUUGGUGACCUAUUUGUUUUAUUGUGAUUAUACAAAAUAUGAUGCAAUUUUAAAACAAAUAACUAAAGAAUCAAUCCUCCAUCUCCAAUAAUAUCAACAUUUCAAAAUCAUAGAAUAAUCACAGAACUGAUAAACUAUUAUAUUACCCAGCAAGAUCACUAUAAUAAUUAUGACCGUCUAACAAAUUAGUUGAAAUCUUAAUACAUAUAUGAAUGACAAACUUUUCAACAAUCAUUAUAGUGAUAAAAACAAUUCAUAUCUCACCACCUAACAUAAAUUAUGCAAGAGCUAAAUCUGCCUAUUACAGGUAUUUCUUUAGGCCUGAAAAGUUAUCUAAAUUAGACAUUAAUGAACUUAUCCAGACCAUUAUCAACUCAACUCUCUGUGUCAUCGCUAGCCUGAGAUGUUUAUUGGAUUAGGUUCCGAUUUAAUCAUGAAAUGGAUAAUCGGAACUUUAUUGUACCCACUUUAGUAAUGAUCGAGGCUAGGCCGAAAAUUCAAUCGCAAAAAUCUCGGUUCAGAGUGGAUCAAUUUGACUGAAAUUUUCAGCAAAUUCCCUUUACAUUAUCUAGUUUUUUACUAUCGUAGUGAGAACUACCAGCUCUCUAUCUAAUCUCCAAUAAUGUAUCUUUACACCAGUCUCAAUCACAACCAAUCACACAAUGCAAUCCUACAUGUAAACAUAAAACAUUCAAUCUUGGCAAAUGUUAUCAUUCAUCCGAAAUAUAAACUACUUGUGAACUUGUAAUACAACUACUGGCAAGUCACACUAAUUAAUCAUUUGACGUACGGCACCAACUCAAAAGGAAUUUCGGAACUUUGUUAAAAAAAUAUAUAAUAAUCUGCUCCAGAAUUUCCUUCCGCUUUUCUGAGACCCGAGUUGAUGUAAAGCAAAUUAGUGUCCAUUUCCUUAUUUUGUUAUUAAAUCUUUAAUAUAAUCAUUUUCAACAAUAAAAUUAUUUAUCCCUCAUAAAAAGCGAAUAAGUGAUAUUAAUAUAAGAUAAUAUAUUGCUUCCUCAGUAAUAUAUGUUACUGACAUAGGCAAAUAUUAAUUGUAAAUGCACAAUGGUGCCAAAUCCAGUGUCACUGACAUUAGACCACAGAAUCAAAGCUACUCCAAGAAACAACCAGGCCUAAGGAGUCUUCGAUGCCGAUGGUUUAACAUUUAGGUAGUUUUUUUUCUAUUUUGGCAUUUUAGAAAAUUUCUAGCAUAUUACGACCAAUGUUUACGUCUAGCCGUUAUGUUAUAAGACCGUAGCCUCGAAAAAUAUUGUCCGAGAAUAUUCAUGUGUUUAUCCCAAGUUUUACUAAAAUUGUCACCCCAUUAGUUGUCAGUACUGUCUACUCCACAUACUAAGAUCUAGCGUGCGUCUGCUGAAGGUUGCUAGAGCCGUGACUAACCCAGAAGGUUAAAAUUGAAAACUAAUCUAAAACAUAAUUUUGGCAAAAAAGUAUAACUUCCUAAUAGUUAAUAAACCAUACCCACCCUAAGAUAUUUUCACGCCAUACACAUACGCGUCACUCAAUAUGACGAGGUGUGACCAUUUCUAAAUUCCAAAAUAUAUAGCUGAAAAUUCUGAACCGCCGUUUUGUAACCGUUAUCCAUUGAAGGUUCGCAACUAAAACGAGGCUCUCAGUCAACUAGAUAAAAUGUCUACGUAACUCAUUGGAAAAUUAUACCCAACGCAUGUUUCAGGGUUGAAUAUUUCUCUAUUUCACAAAGACGGCAACCAAUUCACUGUUUUGUAUACGACGAAAAAAUAUGUUAUAUUGAAGCAAUCGUCAUAUUGCCGCCCUGACGUAUUCAAAUAUAAUUUAUUCGCUCAUUAUAUUAAAAAAAAGUAAAAGUAAAAUUAAGCAAAUAGGUCAACACCAAAAGAAAUUUAGAUAAAAACUUUUAACACUAUAAUUAUCAGCUUAUUUCUGCUAACAAUGGAAAGGGUGAAUUAUUUUAUAACGAGGUAUUAACUCAUUAAAAAGUAAAAUUAUGCAAGUAGGUCAACUCCAAUAAACUUAAGAUAAAAAUGUUUAUUAUAAUUAUCAUAUUAUUUCUGUUAACGAAGAAAGGGGUGGACUAUUUUAUAAGGAGGUAUUUGGUCAUAUGGCACUCGCUGUGUGAGGUCACGCACGUGACACAAGUGUUGUGUUGUGUUUUGCACGAUACAACUCAUCAAGUAAAUCUGAUCAGUGCCUAAUCCCUCGAGGUGAUCACAUCUACUGAAUGAAUAGAAAAGCCUCCGUGGACCCUACCGAAGCUCUAUUUCAAAAUUGGGUUAAAGUAGCUAAGGGGGCGGAAAGGCCAUUUUCGUACUUGGAUCUUCCAAGAGUUAAUGACAGAGUUCUCGUUGAACAUUUCGCUUUAAUAAGUCUAUUCAAGUGUUUAAACAUCCGCUCCCCUUUCUUCUGUUGAUAAUUCUAGUCUAUUAACGAAACAGUGGGUUUCCUUUUGGACUAAUCGAGUUCUCUAUAGCCAAUAGUUCUUUCGUAAAUCCCGUCCUCAUUAACCCAGUCAGAACAAAAUAGGUGUUAAACCCCUUUUAAUUUCUUCAUUCAUACGCCAUCCCCCGUUCAGACCAUCUAUUUAUUUGUUUUAAUUUAUAUUUUAAUCAAACCCACUUUAUAUAUGCAUGUAAUUGUAUUAUAAAAGCAACACCAUUAAUUUCUGCCAAUUUCUUUAUAUCUCAGUCCUUUUAAAUAUAGAUAUUCGCCAAUCCGUUAUUGUCGCUUAAAAUGUCAAUUCGGCGAUAUCACUUUGGUAGAAGGCGGCGUUAAAUACAGCUUUUUCACACAAAUCGUUUGCUUGAUUCGGAUAAUUAUCCAACCCCGUGCACUCCAAUUAAAGUACAAGGAAGUCUACUUUCGGGAACGAGGGUCGAAAUGGGCAACACUCAUCACAAUGAGUAGAUAAUUCCGAAAUUUAGAACGAACGUUAGCGUAACUACAGUGGCUUAUAAGGGACAUGAAAAAAUAUUAUUUGUUUUUUUAUAAUUUUCACCUAAGUCAAUUUUAAUUUCCACCCAAGUCAAUUUCAAUAUAAUUUGUUUUUUAUAAUUUUCACCCAAGUCAAUUUUAAUAUAAUUUGUUUUUUAUAAUUUUCACCCAAGUCAGUUUUAAUUUCCACCCAAGUCAAUUUUAAUAUAAUUUGGGGUUUUUUUUGUAAUUUUCACCAAAGUCAAUUUUAAUAUAAUUUGUUUUUUAUAAUUUUCACCCAAGUCAAUUUUAAUAUAAUUUGUUUUUUUUAUAAUUUCCACCCAAGUCAAUUUUAAUAUUUGAUUUUUAUAAUUUUCAUCCAAGUCAAUUUUAAUAUUUGUUUUUUAUAAUUUUCACCCAAGUCAAUUUUAAUAUAAUUUGUUUUUUUAUAAUUUUCACCCAAGUCAAUUUUAAUUUCCACACAAGUCAAUUUUAAUUACCACCCAAGUCAAUUAUAAUAUUUUUUUUAUAUAAUUUCCACCCAAGUCAAUUUUAAUUUUCACCCAAGUCAUUUGUAAUAUAAUUUCAAAUCUGUUGAAUUUCCACCCAGCGCGUGAUGUCAUCUCAAUUAGCCUCAUUUCCAAUGUAAUGUAUUAUGUUUUAUUUUAUAUUAAAGAGAUAUUUUUCUCAUUCUGUAAUCAGAUUGUAAUAGUUUUUGUUUUACCUGAUAUCAAAGAGAUAUUUUUAUACGCCCACAUUUUCAUGUGGACGUAUAUUGUCGUCACCCCUGUCCGUUCGGACGUCCAUUCACAAUUUGUUUGUGGACACUAUACAGGUAACAAUUCUUAUCCGAUUUUGACGAGACUUGAAAUAUAGGUUUAUCUCCAAAAGAUCUAGGUUCCUUUCGAUAUUGACAUGUAUCGGAUUGAAACUUCAUGGAUUAUGGCCCAUGAUUGUACGAAAAGUCACCUUUUUAGCGUGUGGACACUCUAGGUCACAAUUAUCAUCUGAUUUUGAUGAAAUUUGAAAUGCAUGUUUAUAGCUCAAAGAGCUUGGUUCCUUUCGAUAUUCGCGCUUAUCGGAUCUUAACUUUCUGAAUUAUGGCCCUUGAGUGUACGAAAAAUCUCGUUUUUAGCUUGUGGUCCCUCUAGGUCAUAAUUUUUAUCCAAUUUAAAAAGAAAAAGUUUGAAUAUAUCACCGUUACGCCCUUAUGAUGAUUGAGUUCGAAUUUUCUGAAAAUCUGAUAGAAACUGUCGGACAAAAUGGCCGCCCCUCGUACGCAAACUUUGAUGAAACUUAAAAUAUAUAUCCCAAAUAUCUCAGUCCAUGUCGAUAUUCGCGCAUUUCAGACCAUAACUUCCUGGAUUAUGGCCCCUGAUUGUAUGAAAAAUAGCUUUUUUUUGCUUGUUCUCAAUCCAUCUCUUGCAAAAUAUCGGCGUAUCUUGCCUGGCAACCGCUGGUUCUCAUACUGUAAUUAGCAGAUUGCAAUGUAUUAUGUUUUACCUUAUAUUAAAGAGAUAUUUUUCUCAUUCUGUAAUUACAUGUAUCAGAUUGUAAUAGAUUAUGUUUUACCUUAUAUCAAAUAGAUAUUUUUCUCAUACUUUAAUUAUCAGUUAUUGUUUAAAUUAUAUAUGUCACCAGAAAAGCCAUUACUCCUGUAAUAAAGAUUUGAUAUUAUA